UGAUUUGUUUUUGAGUGAUUGAGAAUAUAUUUUAAUGUUAUAUUUUAAUUGAAUUUUAAUUUAAAUACGUUCUUUUAAAUUUAAUCGGCACUGGAAUAUUUAAUUCGUUUAAUUGGAAUGUGAUGUGGAAAAUGUAAUCACGUGGGCUUGACAAGUAACACUGGAAUAACGCCAGCAGGAUAUUGUUUAUAAACAUCCCAGCGAUUUUUUAGAUAUACAUACAUAAUUUUGACAGCAAGCUACAUUGGAAAAUUAAUUAAAAUAUAUUUAAAAAUGUAUCGUAGACCGGGAGGAAUGUCCGAUGAGGAAUCAGACGACGAUGGUUUUACUUUUCAUGACGACGAGGAAAACAAUAGCAGAUACAAUAAAUAUACAAACGAGAGAGAAACAAAUGGAGAAAUUAAUUUUGAUGAUGGUUCCGGUGAUUCCGUUAAAGGAAGACAUAAUUAUGAAUUUCAAGCUUUUAAUGCUUGCAUGUCUGGCGACAUAUCUUUUAUUAAGGAAUAUUUAUCAUCUGGUCCACACAUUGACGAUUUUCUACAUUCCGGAUGGUCUCUACUUUUAUACGCUUCUUCAGCGUCACAAACAGAGCUUGUGCAAUAUUUACUGGACAAUGGAGCAAAUCCAAAUCUACACCAAGAUGGAUUUACACCCCUAAUGGCUUUAUGCAAUUGUCCACGAACAACUCAGAAUUGUUUAGAAUGUUUAAAAAUUUUAUUAAAAGCCAAGGCAAAUGCUCACGCAUCGGGUAAACGAAGGGAAACAGCUUUAAUGCUUGCUUGUAAUAUGCGAGAGGUCGAAUUCGUUAAAGAGCUUAUUAGAAAUAUGCAAAGUGUUAAUGCUGCCGAUAGUGAAAAUCAAACGGCAAUAUUUUUUGCAGUCAAAGCUAAUAGAUAUGAAAUAGUCGAACUUCUAUUGCAAUGUAAUGCAGAAAUUAACAUAAAAGAUCGAUUUGGCGAAUCUCCCUAUGAUAUUGCGAGAACUAAAGGCUUCGAUAAAAUUGCGGCUCUAUUAGAAGAUGAGGAAUUUGAAGAUUCUCCACCCACGAUCGAUACAUUUGACUUACUUGAAUGGAAGGAUCUAUUUCCAGCACUUGCUUCAAAGAAAAAGGAUAAAUUAAAUUUCGAAAUUUUGACAAUAUUAUAUGGAAUGAAUUUAGAUAAAUAUAAGGAUCUUUUUCGUGGUAUGGAUUUAAAUACUUUUCUGAAACUCAAUGAAGACGAUUUGGAAAAAUUGGGAAUGGAUAUCGGUAUUCAUCGCAAAAAAUUUGUUGCCGAUCUUCAUCGUUUUCAUUCAAAGAAAUGGAAUAUGAACAGUUUGGGAGCUAUUAGAAAACAUUUGCCUUACACAAUUUACGAUGGCGUUGUGACUUUAGGCAACGCAGCGAGACAAAUUAACAUCGUUGGAUCGAGUUUUCGAUUUAUUGUGAAUAAUUUGAUGAGAGGUGAAAAGGAAAAUUUGGCCCUCUCUCUACAACAGAAAGUUGACUACAGUGAUGAAUUGGAAAAAACGGAAAAAGAAUUAAUGAAACUUAAAAAUGAACUUGUCCUGGUGAAGCAACUUGCGAAUAAAAUCGAUAGAGAAAGUGUGACUAAAUUACCAGCAACUUUUAUUGCAAAGAAGAGGAAGACUUAUAAAUUGACAAUAGCCAUUAGUAUUUUUGCAAUGAUAACGAUUUAUUUUGCAAAGUCAAAAAUUUCCAAAUUGUGCAUCGAAUGAGUGAGAAGUAUUUUUACAUUUUAUUUUAUUUUCAUAAAGCUGACGUCAAUUCAUUCACACAUAAAAAUAUCGUCUACCUCAAAUGAAGUACUUUCAACAAUUUUUUGUUAAUUUAAGAA